CACGCCACCGCCAAGUAUGCAAGCAACAGGGAGGGCUGUUCGGUCAGCAUGUCGGGCACGGCGCCGGCGUGCUUCAGCAGUGGAGUCGCUUCAGUAGCUGCUUGCGAUGGCCUGACCUCAGCCGACGGCUCGCAUGUGGGCCCGCCGACGCCACCGCCCGUCAUCAAGUCUAACGGCCAGCUGUCCAGCAACCAGCACGCACGUCCUGCGCAGGGCACGUUGCAACUGCACAAGCAGCACAGCGUCAACGGCUUAGCAGGCGCGGCAGGUGGCGGCGCCAAUGCGUCGGCGGGAAGCCUUGGACGUACGCUGCUGGCCCAAGCCCAGGCGGCCCCUCCUUGGCUACGCCAGGUGGUGGAGCUGGUUCGCGAGCGCGACGUGCGCAGCCUGGCGGUGGACGUGGUUAAGAGUGCCAGCAGGGAGGCGACACGCGGCGCUGUGGAGGGGCUGCUGCAGAGCUCGGGUGUUGGUUGCUCCCGUGAUGCUGGCGCCGGUGGCAGCGGCUCUGGAGUCUUGAUGCUGCCCUCUGGAGCCAUGGGCUACAAGCUGUACGUGCUGGCGACGCUAGCGGUGUCCAUGUGCAUGUACGCUCUCUCGCCGCGUGUGAUGCUGGUGUGAGGUUGUACAUGAGCUCACUCUCACUGUGCGAGAUGCUGGUUGCGGGGAACUGCUCAAGAGAUACUAUGCGCGUUAUAGGAGGGGAUCUGUUGCUGCGAGAGUGUCAUUACGUCUUUGAACCAUGGAGCUCGGAGCUUAUAAGUGCUGUUGGCCUAUGUUUGUGUGAUACCGUGGGCUGCGUUUGUGAGUGCAGUGUGCGUAUGUAGGCAUCCUCGUAGGUUUAUGAACAGUUUCUGCCGGCUUGGGCUUUCAGGGCUAUAGCGUAUUUUGGUUCGCGUGAUUAGAGAACUGCCAGGCUGCCGAACUGUUGACUGCUUUUAACGCAAGCAGGAAGGGAAACAUGAUGUACUGUACUACCACCAUACCUAUCCGGGUCUCGAUGAUGCACUAUGGGGAGUUGUGAUGGGGUGUCCAUCCUCGUUCCUAUGAUCCUUAUGGUUCAAGCCAACACUGACAUUUGCUGCGUCGGACACUGCCA